AUGAUAAAUAAUGUAAUGAAUCUUCGGCAGAUAAACUGGACUGUCCUCUGCAGAAGAAAACACAAGAAGGGGCAGUCGGAAGGAAUUCAAAAGCAAAGAACCCGCCCUGCAGUUGAAUUCCAGCGGGCUGUCACUGGUGCGUCUCCUACUGAUAUAAUGGCCAGGAGGAGUCGGAAACCAGAAGUUAGGAAAGCUCAGCGAGAACAGGCGAUUAUCAGGGCUGCCGAGGAAGCAGAAAAGGCUGAGCAGGCGUCCAAGAAGACAGCAAGGGCUGCUGCCCAGGCCCCUACCGAAGCAGCACCUAAACAAGAGAUUGUGAAACCUGUGAAGGUCUCUGCUCCUGAGCUGGUGGAAAACGCUAACUUGGUAGAUCAGAGUUUUGAAUAA